AUGGCAGCGUUAAAAGAAAACUUGCAGCAUGCCCAGAAUCAGCAAAAAUUAUAUGCUGACUGCCAUCGAACUGAAAGGACCUUUGAGGUAGGAGAUAUGGUGUUUUUGAGACUGCAACUAUACAGACAGUCAUCUAUUAAGGGAAGUGGGGCAAAGAAGCUGAAACCACAUUUCUAUGGUCCAUACCAGGUGAUUAGGAAAGUGGGACGGGUUGCCUAUGAGUUACAACUACCACCCAACAGCAAGAUCCACAAUACAUUUCAUGUUUCGUACCUUAAAAAGGCACUUGGGCAGCAAGUAGUGCCUACGAUGGAAUUGCCACCCCUGGAUUACGAAGGAGUUAUCCAGGACUUUUGUCCCUACUCCCACACUCAACAUUCUUUGCAAUCAUUCGAAGAUUAUGUUCCAGAAUGGUGUUGCCUGAAGAACUUAUCCAAGUUGAUCGUGAGAACCAGUCUACCAAUUAGCCUGGAAGAAAUUGAACCUGUUGAAGAUUUCAAGUUAGUAUGGAAUACCAUGGUGCUACCUGAUCCUCAUAGAACGAACGAGCUUGAAUUGGACGAACUUGAGUUCAAGCAACUGAACCUAGGAGAUGAAAGAAAGAUUAUAUCCAGUUUGAACAACUUUGUUUGGGAAGUAAAAACAAGUGCACCACAAUACAUCAGAGUUUCUCUUAUCUUGGAAGAAGAAGAAGAGAUAGCUGAACAAAUUGACGAACAAAUUGAGGAGCAGAUUGAAAGAGAUUUACUUGCUCAAAGAUUACAACAAGUCCAGAUUGAUCCUAGAUAG